GGUUCCUUCCGCCUCGAUGGUGUCUGGGUCACUUUCCUCUUACACUAACUACAUUGUAAAGGCGCUGGAAGUUGUCUGUCAUUCUUGAAACUACUCUACCGACAUCCCGCGACACUGGACAUCAUCGACUGCGAGCGGAAGGUCUCUGAGUGUCUUGGAUGCAGGCGGGACUGGGACUGGGACUGCGCCCGCGGUUGAAGGCGCGGCCGUCGCUGGUUGACUUGUUGGUUAGAGCUGCUAGCACACAGCAGCAAGCGUCAUCGCCUCCACCGCCGGCUGGCAACGACGCUCCCUCAGGCCCCGGGUCCCGCCAAGAGGAGCUCCUCCGACCGGGAGCUCCAACUGCAACUGCAGCGGCGCUGCUGAUUCUCGACCAAGCUGCGAACCUCCCACUUCCUAGCUCGCCAGAAACACCACGCAUCAACACGCCCGCAUCCGUCCCGCCAUCGUCGGCCUCUAUUUCGAAUAUACCUACGCUCGUCAUUACUUCUGAAUCCCCUCCGUCAUCUCCCCUCCCCGCACCUACAGCAAUUGUUGCUCCUCCCCCGAAGCCCAGCAUGGCCCCCUCCAAAGCAGAUGGCCAGGAUGGAGUGCACAGCGGCAAAAUCUACUCGGUGUCUGGCCCCGUCGUUGUCGCCGAGGACAUGAUUGGUGUUGCUAUGUAUGAGUUGGUCAAAGUUGGUCACGAUCAGCUCGUUGGUGAAGUCAUUCGUAUCAAUGGCGACCAAGCGACCAUCCAGGUGUACGAGGAAACAGCCGGUGUCAUGGUUGGCGACCCCGUGCUCCGAACCGGCAAGCCCCUCUCCGUCGAACUCGGCCCCGGUCUCUUGAACAAUAUCUACGAUGGUAUCCAGCGCCCACUUGAAAAGAUCUCGCAGGUCUCCCAGAGCAUUUAUAUUCCCAGAGGCAUUGCCGCUCCUGCCCUCGACCGCGAGAAGAAGUGGGAGUUUACCCCAACCAAGAAGGUCGGCGACCACAUCGCCGGUGGUGACGUAUGGGGUACCGUUUACGAAAACUCGUUCAUUACCGUCCACAAGAUUCUCUUGCCUCCCAGGGCUCGCGGUACCAUCACGAGGAUCGCCGAGAAGGGCAGCUACACAGUUGAAGAGAAGAUCCUCGAGGUCGAGUUCGACGGCAAGAAGACUGAGUACCCCAUGAUGCAGACCUGGCCAGUACGUGUGCCGCGCCCAACCACGGAGAAGCACUCUGCCAAUCAGCCCUUCCUGGUCGGUCAGCGUGUGCUCGACGCUCUCUUCCCUUCGGUCCAGGGUGGUACCGUCGCCAUUCCCGGUGCUUUCGGCUGUGGCAAGACUGUCAUUUCCCAGUCCGUCUCCAAGUUCUCCAACAGCGAUGUCAUUGUGUACGUCGGCUGUGGUGAGCGUGGUAACGAGAUGGCCGAAGUCUUGAAGGAUUUCCCAUCGCUCAAGAUUGAAGUCGAUGGCCGCAUGGAGCCUAUCAUGAAGCGCACAACUCUUAUUGCCAACACGUCCAACAUGCCCGUCGCUGCCCGUGAAGCGUCCAUCUACACCGGCAUCACAGUGGCCGAGUACUUCAGAGAUCAAGGCAUGGACGUUGCCAUGAUGGCUGACUCGUCUUCCCGCUGGGCUGAGGCUCUGAGAGAAAUUUCCGGCCGUCUCGGUGAGAUGCCCGCUGAUCAAGGUUUCCCCGCCUACCUCUCUGCCAAGUUGGCCUCGUUCUACGAACGUGCCGGAAAGGUCCAGGCGCUGGGCAGCCCCGACCGCGAUGGCAGUGUCAGCAUUGUCGGUGCUGUGUCACCACCCGGUGGUGAUUUCUCCGAUCCUGUUACAUCUGCCACGCUCGGUAUCGUGCAGGUCUUCUGGGGUUUGGACAAGAAGCUUGCGCAGCGCAAGCAUUUCCCUUCGAUCAACACCUCGCUCAGUUAUAGCAAGUACACCAUGACGCUCGACAAGUGGUACGAGAAGGAGUACCCCGACUUUCCUCGCCUGCGCGACCGUAUCAAGCAGCUUCUUUCCGACAGUGAAGAGCUCGACCAGGUCGUCCAGCUGGUCGGCAAGUCUGCGCUGUCUGACCCUGACAAGAUCACCUUGGAUAUGGCUACCCUCAUCAAGGAGGAUUUCCUCCAGCAGAACGGUUACUCCAAGUAUGACCAGUUCUGCCCCAUCUGGAAGACGGAGUGGAUGAUGAAGCUCAUGAUGGGAUUCCACGAUGAGGCGCAAAAGGCGAUCGCCUCUGGCCAGAGCUGGGCCAAGGUGCGCGAUGCCACCCAGGACCUCCAGGGCGAGCUGCGCAGACUCAAGUUUGAGAUUCCAGAUGAGGGACAGGAGAAGAUUUGCAAGAAGUACGAGGCGAUACAACAAGCCAUGCUUGACAAGUUUGCUUCCGUGAUUGACGAGUAAAAAAUGAUGUAUUGUUGACAGCAAGGGGCGUCACGGUUGUUGGCAUAUUCUAAGCGAACUCAUUCUGGGUUCUUUUUGCAAAGCGCGGUCAUCGUGACAGGUUGUUGCUGUUUGUAGGCACUACAAUUGCGUUUGACAUGUG